UGGUUUCCAGAUGCCUCAGCAUCUCAGUGCAUGCUAUAAUAAAAUUCAAAAGGAACCGGCAGAAGAGCACAAAUAUUUGAAUUUGAGAUAUUUAUUUGGGGGGAGUCUUGACUAAGGCACAAGGAUGGGUUAAGAACAGUAACCCCAAGGAUUAUUUUACAAGGCAAAGAAUAUUAUUGGACUGCAACAAGGAACAUAUUCUCUACUUAUCACCAUUCGUUUUUAACGUUAAGUUACUGAACUAGCCUUGCACAUUCUGGUAAGUUCUGAGACUAGCUAUCCAAUCCUGAACUUAAAGGCAACAAACAAUUGAAAAUUCCCAUGAUAACCAGAUCCCCCAGCGUGUAACUGAAGAGGGCUGCAGAGCAUAGGGGAAAGGUCAUUGCGUUUGAAAUGAGCCCCACGGGCAGUGAAGACAACAGGCUGCUUUUGCUGUGAGUGGGCUGGAUGACCGAUGCCAGCAGUGGAGGAGAACGAAGCACGAACACAUCACCCACCCUAGACGAGUCAGAUCCUGAAUUAUAUUAUGAGGAAGAAGAGGAAGAACAAGAUGAAGAAACUGGGAGUGAGAGUGAGAGUAAAAGCGAGAGCGAAAGUCAGAGUGAGGAUGAAGAUCUUAGGAGCAUCAUGUCUGAAGACUCUGUCUACCCUUUGUAUGAGCCAGCUCCAACUGACCUGGGUGCAGACUCAGAGCUCACACUCUACUCCUGCUGUGUCAAGAACGAUGCCAAGCUUCUUCAGGAGAAACUGGACAGCAGGGUAACUCGGGAAGAAGUCAUGGAACUGGACAUCAAUGGACGGAAUGGCCUAAUGGUGGCAUGUUACAAAGGCUUCAUAGACAUCGUCACCGGUCUCAGUAAAUGCCCCUACGUAAAUGUCAAUCAUCAGGAUAACGAUGGAAACACGGCACUCAUGAUAGCUUCUCAGGCAGGAUUCUCCGCUAUUGUUACCUAUCUUCUGAACUACUACCCUGCUCUAGAGAUUGAAAUGCGGGAUCACCGGGGUCUGACGGCGCUCAUGAAGGCUGCAAUGCAAGGGAAGAAUGACUGUGUCUCAGCCUUGCUCCUGGCUGGUGCUGACCUGACAGCUGUGGACCCACUGAAAAAGAAAACAGCACAGGAAUGGGCAACCUUGACUGGGCGUUUUGAAACCACAUUGCGGUUCCGAGCCCUCCUGCAGCGCCCCUGUGCCGAGCAAUUCAGUAACAAGUACUCACCUGAAUGGCCUGCACUGUCUGAGCUGGUGGCACAAGAACUGGCUAAAUCCAGAACCCAGUGCCUGUCGGAGAAAAUCCGUGCCAUGUUCACUUUCACGUUUCCACAUGAUCCUGAGCCAGAUGGUGUUCUGGAUCACAUGGUGCGCACGACCACCUGCUUGGCCAGUCCCUUUGUCGCCACUGCUUGCCAAACGGUCUGUCCCGACAGUCCGCCAGAAGUGGGCAAGCAUAGACUCUCAGUGCCAGAGAUCCUCAACGAGUACACGCCAGACCCUGAUGCCAAAUCCAUGGUUGGCGAAUCCUCUUGCAAUGGCCAACUCACAGAGCCAACCUGGGUGUUGGUGCCGUACAGACCCCGCAGUACCAUCAUGAAAUUCCUCUCCCUUCCUUUGCGCUUGCAUAGCAACAGUGUGUAUCCUGGCGGCAUCCCAAAAAUCAAACUUACCAAGUCGCCUGCCCAAAAUGCAGAGAAGCUGCCAAAGUCCUCCUCCUGUCAGAACACGCUGAAGUUGCCCCGGUGGCGAUACCAGGAAGUGCGGGAAGAGAAGAAGAAAACUGAAGAGGCAGCGGGGAAGCCCAAGAAGAAGAGCAAGAAGAAGAAGAGAAGGAAGGGAAAAUCUUAAAAGUGUGGGCUGCCUUCGCCAAGCAAGCACAGAGACGGGACAAAAAUAUGAUCCAGUAUUCAUCGUCACAGAAUGUUCGUCUUGCAGGGAUGCCAACUGUGCCUGGAGAUUUGGAGGUUGAGCCCGGGGAGGGUCGGUUUGUGGAGCAGAGGGACCUCAGCGGAGUAAAAUCCUAUCAAAUCCAUUACCCAGCCAUUUUCUCCAGAUCUCUGUAGUGUGGAGUUGUAAGUCCCGGAGAUCUCCAGGCCUCACCUGGAGGCUGGCAAGCCUACAAACCUAUCACAAAAACAGGGAAAGAUGCUGACCUCAUAUCAUGAGACAGUAUGACCUCUUUGAAGGUCACGUUCAUCUUCACACUUUUAGGCAGGUCCAACUCUCCUUCAUUGCACCUCAAAGCAUAUCUAGUUCACACAGAAUUCUAAGAAGACCCCUUUGCCACUCCUGCAUAUACAAUAAUAUUCUCUCUGUCUCGUACCAUUUUUGUUUGUUUGUUUUGCUAGCUCAGGGAAAAGUUAUUAACCAAUUCUUGACUGAAAGGGAAGACUUCUUAUUAGAAAGCACCCUUAUCGGCUACAAGGGUACAUCUACAUGUGAACUUCCCCUACUUGUGGUUUGGUGCUUUUAGGCCCAAGUAAGUAGUCAAAUUCACCUCAAAAAAGACUGUACAACAUGUUGCAGGAGAACCUCACAGUGAUGCCACAAGUUGAGCAAUUUGGUGAAGGCACCUCACACAAGCCUGGAUAUACACCUAUUAUGCAUGCAGAUGGUUCUGCACAGAUUUCAGCUCAGGCUACUUCGACUUUGUGGGUCUUGGUAUGUGGAUGUGUUCAAAUGUUUCUUAAAACCAACAAAACAAGAUUACCAGGCCCCAAACACCAUACAGUAUGUUCUUUUAGUUUGUGCACCACUAUUGUUCAGUGCAGAGCACUGGAUGGUGAGUUGUCAUUAUGCUAUAGUCAUCAUUCACCACUGAAUUAUUCUUUGUGGGUCAGCCAGUUCAGUGACAAAGGAUUCCUAGAGCGUAAGGAAAGAGAGCCAGUGUUGGAGUAGGACCUGGGAAACCUACGUUCAAAUCUCCGUUUGCACCAUGGAAGUUUGCUGGGUGACCUCGGACCAGUCACAUACUAUCAGUCUCAGCCCUGACCCUGGCUAGUAUUUGGAAUGAGAGACUUCAAGGAAUAUCAGGGCCAUGAUGUGGAGGUAGGCAAUUGCAAAUCACCUCUGAAAGUCUCCUGCCUUGAAAACCCUAAAGGGUCACCAUAGGUCAGCUGUGACUUGGUGGUAAAAAAGAGGAAAGUAUAACUUUCCACAAUGAAGAAGAAGAGUUUGGAUUUAUAUCCCCCCCCCUUUCUCUCCUGUAAGUGGGCUCCUUUCCCUUCCCCCUGCACAACAAACACCCUAUGAGG